UCUCCUCUCAGUUGCAGUGCUGUUGUACGACUGGCUCGGGCCAGCACCACUUCCGGGUUCCGUCAUCCCCCUCUCGCGCCGCUCGGCGCUACGAACUGAGCCUCUUGUAUAGGCGAGCAAGCAGCCAACCUGCCAACAGUUACUGACACUCACUCAUCUCACAGAGAGAGGGAGAGAGAGAGAGAGAGACUUCUUGCACACAAAAAAAGAACCAGCAAAACAGCAUCGCAAAGUAUUCCUUCCCCUUGCGUUUUGUUUCCUGCACAGUACUAGAAAAGCCAGGGUCACAACAAGCAGCGCUGUGGAGUUGAUUGGGAGAAAAAAAGGGCUUUAAAAAGAUUCCUCCUCUGUUCUUCUUCAUCAUCAGCCAUCAUUCAUUCACUACCUUGACAACCCCCGACUUUGAUUGACAGCUGGAGUGGCAAAAAGCCAUGAGACACGACAGUUUGGUUACAUGCGGGUUGUUGACGGGCCGAUCGUAACCUUCACUUUUUGGAGCUUGACAAUUUUUGUAUGUAGCAAAAUACAAACAGGCAGUCAGAGUGGAGAGAAAAAAAAGAAAAAGAAAAAAAAGUGGGGGGAAGAAAUAUCCCACAAACUCUUCAGGGGUCUUAAUGUCUUACUAUUUUCUAUUCUGGAGGGUAGGAGAAGUCUCUAACUGGAUUGGAAAAGGAAUCAGACUUUAAAUCACUUGUUAAGCGGACUGGGAUAUUAAAUAUACGACACAUCCCGGAGUUUAUUGGAGCGCAGACUGAUGGCGCAAAGGGUAGGUUUAAGUCUCCAACACUUACCUAGAUAAAUCCUCUCCGAGAGAAAGGGAGAGGGCCUGUCCGAUCGCUCGCUCUCUUCUUCUGAUGAUGGCGGCCAGCACUCGCAAAUAACAGCAAGAUUUGCUAACCUCUUGCUGCUAAUAUAUACAUUUUAUUAAAAAAUCCCUUCCAGCGUUGCUGUCCAACCAGCGAGCUCAGAGCUUUUCCCACACAGCAGCGUUUUAUAGGGUUCAUCAAGAAACCGCUGCUUGUUUUUCUCAGAGGCUGACAAGGGGCAAAGGAGAAUUGCAACUUAUGAUGUUUUUGUACGAUGAGCUUCCCCACUACGGUGCGAUAGAUGGAGUGGGGGUACCGGCUUCCAUGUACGGAGACCCUCAUGCCCCCCGGCCGCUCCCCCCGGUGCACCAUCUGAACCACGGGCCACCGUUGCACGCCAGCCAGCACUAUGGAGCCCACGCACCCCAUCCCAAUGUCAUGCAAGCCAGCAUGGGCUCGGCUGUCAACGAUGCCCUAAAGCGGGACAAAGAUUCAAUUUAUGGUCAUCCGUUGUUUCCCCUGCUAGCACUGGUGUUUGAAAAGUGCGAGCUAGCGACGUGUACCCCCAGAGAACCCGGGGUGGCAGGCGGUGAUGUGUGCUCUUCGGACUCCUUCAAUGAGGACAUCGCAGUCUUCGCCAAGCAGGUCCGAGCGGAAAAGCCUCUUUUUUCGUCAAAUCCAGAGCUGGACAAUUUGAUGAUUCAAGCCAUCCAGGUAUUACGGUUUCAUCUACUGGAGUUAGAAAAGGUACACGAGUUAUGUGAUAACUUCUGUCACCGGUACAUUAGUUGCUUAAAAGGGAAAAUGCCUAUCGACUUAGUUAUUGACGAAAGGGACGGUAGUUCGAAGUCGGACCCUGAAGAGCUUUCUGGAUCCUCCACAAAUUUAGCAGAUCACAACCCAUCAUCUUGGAGAGACCACGACGAUGCAACGUCGACGCAUUCAGCGGGCACGCCAGGGCCGUCCAGUGGUGGGCAUGCAUCGCAAAGUGGUGAUAACAGCAGUGAGCAGGACCACACUACUAUGCGUAUACUGGCUGUGCAUAACCAACUACAUCAGCCAAAUGGGCUGUGGAGAGCAGAGAUUUCAGGGGAUGUAUUGGACAACAGUGUGGCCUCACCCGGUACAGGUGAUGAUGAUGACCCAGACAAGGACAAAAAACGUCAGAAAAAAAGAGGCAUUUUCCCUAAAGUUGCAACAAAUAUUAUGCGGGCAUGGCUCUUCCAGCACCUCACACACCCGUACCCUUCAGAGGAGCAGAAGAAACAGUUAGCUCAAGACACAGGGCUCACAAUUUUGCAAGUAAACAACUGGUUUAUUAAUGCCAGAAGAAGAAUAGUGCAACCCAUGAUCGACCAGUCAAAUCGUGCAGGUUUUCUUCUUGAUCCUUCAGUAAGCCAAGGAGCAGCGUACAGUCCUGAAGGCCAGCCAAUGGGAAGCUUUGUUCUGGAUGGCCAGCAGCAUAUGGGAAUCCGGACAGCUGGUCUGCAAGGCAUGCCAGGGGACUACGUUUCUCAGGGUGGUCCUAUCGGUAUGAGUAUGGCACAACCAAGUUACACUCCUCCUCAGAUGACCUCUCACCCUACACAUUUACGACAUGGACCCCCAAUGCAUUCAUAUCUGCCAAGUCACCCCCAUCACUCAGCCAUGAUGAUGAUGCAUGGAGGACCUCCAACACACCCUGGAAUGCCCAUGUCAGCACAGAGCCCAACAAUGUUAAGUCCUGCAGACCCUGCAGUGGGUGGACAGGUUAUGGACAUUCAUGCCCAAUAGUAAAUGAACUCAAGGAAAAAUGCUAUUUGGGACUUUCAAACUUUGACCAGAUGUUGACACUUAAAAUUCCAGAUCAGCUGUGAUUAUUUUUUACUUUUCUCAUUUCAUCAAAAACAGAGGACCAACCCAGUAUGAACACAAUGUGAAACUAAGGGCUUAUUGACAAUGACAAUGUCCAUGCCCAUGUAAAAGUUCCUCUGGAAAAAAAAAAGACUCCAAGAGUUACAACUACUGUAGUAUAAAUAUAGGAACUAAGUUAACUUGUACAUUUUGUUGAUUGCUCAGUUUUUGUUGCCUCAGAUAGUUUUUAGAAGAAAAAUUUAUCCUUGUUUUCCACACUAUGUGUGUUGUUCCGGAAAGAAUGACUGUCUUGGUUCACAUGUAAAGUCAUCACCCAUGAGAACUGCAGUGUUUUAGACUUGCUGACCAGUGAGGAAAUGAGAACUAUCUUGGAAGUGAAGAUGCACAAGAUUGCUGGGUUUCUUAUCCCUUCACGUACAGUUUGAAGGACGUUUUUAAGCCCCACCUGUUUUCAUCCUUCACGAAUACAGCCACUAACUUAAAAUAUUUUGUUCUUCCUGCUUUUAGUGCCCAGUCACAAUUUGGGCUCUUUCACAAAGAGUUGUGGAUUAACACAGAAGAAGCCUCUUCCAGUAGUUCUGAGUUUUUGAAACAACAGACCAAAUGGGUGUAUUUUGGCCAGUUUUUUCACUCAAAAAAAAAUUAGUACUGGUUUUUGCAUCAAAACCUGAACCUUUAUCACAGACUCAGAGCUUGGUGAAAAGCAAGAAAGUACUGUAACAAACUUCGUACAAAGUUCAGUCUAUUAAUUGUUUCAUGUUAGAUAUUCUAUGUGUUUACCUCAAUUGAAAAAAAAAGAAUGUUUUGCUAGUAUCAGAUCUGCUGUGGAAUUGGUAUUGUAUGUCCAUGAAAUCUUCCUUUCUCAGCACGUGUUCCUCACUAGGAGAAAAUGCUGUUAACCCUAAAGCUUUGUCAGAAUUUACAUUAAAAUACUUGUAUGAGGACUGUGACGUUCUGUUUAAAAAGGUGUUAAGUCACAAAAUGCCGUAAUAAAUAUUUCAUUUUUUGA